AUGUCGGAAUCGUCUUCCCCGCAGCUCAGAGGGAAGGACAGUGCGGCCGUCGAGCCUGGGCACCAAAGAGCCCACAGAGGCCGAACCAAAGAGCCCAAAGCAGAAGAUGCCAAGGCGUUGUCGCCGCUGCUGCCCAGACAGUUUCAUCACCUGUUUCCCCAGGAUGCUGAAGCAGGUUUUCACGAGGGCCUGGACAUCUUCGAGCCCAUCGCCGAGGAGGCUGCACCCCUGGCCAGCUCCACCAAGCGCUCCACCAUCACCUUCAGAGAGAUCCAGACCUCCGUGCCCCUGCUGCUGCCCAGGGAGAUUGGCAAGCACGCCAUGUCCUAG